AAAAGCUUAAUCCUCAAAUCAAUCUACAAAUAUCUCAAGUUAAAAAAUCUAAACCGUUAAUUACUAUUUAACGAAGUUUUGUAUUUAUCAAUUUGUUUUGUCAGAGCAGAGCAGACCCAAUCACAACUCAGCUGAGAGAGAAACGCGUCUCUCAGAUUUCAAUCCUUCACUUUCCCUUUUUGUUUUUUUUUUUUCUCUUCCUUAUUUUUUUCUCGUUAUCGGAUCAGGAAGAAGAAGAAGAAAAAAAAAACUGGGAAUUUCGAGGUUUCCUGGAUUGUUGGAUUUUGAAUUCGAUAUGGGUCUUUGUUGAUUGGUGCUAAAGUUUCGAUCUUUUUGCCCCGAGAAAGAAAAAUUCGAGAUUUUUUUCCGUUUCGUCAAACAAAAACUCUGAAAUUUUAACUACGAUCAAACUCAAAACCUUUUGAAUCAAUCACUUCAUUUGAUUGUGGGAUCCAGAGAGCGAAAUUGAGGGUCAAUGGUUAGGGUUUAUGGAAUGAGAUGAAUUAGGAAACAAAGAUCUCUCUUUUAUCUUCUCCAGAUUGGUACAACUUGUUGUGGGUCUAGUUUUCCAUAGAUUGGUGGUAUUUAUUAAGAUUUGCUAUGGAUACGGUUCGUGGAGAGGCUAAUGGGUGUGAGAAUAAGGCUAUUGUUGUUAGUCUAGAUAAGAGUGAGAUUGAAGAUCAGAUUUCUGAGGAAGAAGAAGAAGAAAGUAGUGAGUCACAAUGUUUAUUGGCUCCGAGGAAAGGAGGGAUGAUGUCGAGAAGCACUGACAAGAUUAAGAGGACUGUGCAGUGGAAUGACAACAAAGGAGACAAUCUUGCUGAGGUUUUAGUUUAUGAACCAAGCGAAGUUAGCGAUACAGAUGAUGAUGAAUCAGAUUCAUGCAUCUGCACAAUUAUGUAGUCCUCAAAUCCGCUAUCAACCACCAUUUAACAUGGAGUUAACAAUGAGCUCGUCCUUGUAUCUGACCUCUUUUCAGAAAUCAUUUUUGUGAGGAAAGACGAACCAACUUAAGCGAGUGACAUCACAAUCAUGUAACUGUCUGAUUUUGUGCUCAGGACUUCUGACAAGAAGCCAGACAAAAACAAGGGAUGUAGACUCAUAAGCUAUAUAUAUCAGAUCGUCUCAUCUCAGUGACAGGAGUGUGAGUAUAUAGAUUAUUAUUUACUGCUCUAUUGUUGAAUAGAGGCUGAUCUUCAAAUCGAAGAUCUUUGAGUGCUGUUUGAUUUGACAGGGUUUUGAUAGUAAACUAUGUAUGCCUUUCUGCAACAUACACGCUUGUUAAGUUGUAAGUACAUAUAUGCAGCAAAUUGAUAUUAUUUUU